AUGAUUAAUUUUUCGAUCAGAGAGAAAGGUUUCGGCGCCUUCUUCAGACAGCUCAGAGAUGAAGGCUACCUGAGGUGCCUUCCGGACGGAAAUCUCUUGCAAACCAAGAUCCAUAAUAUUGGUGCAACGCUUGUUGGUGUUGACAAAUUCGGUAACAAGUAUUAUGAGAAACUUGAAAACACACAAUAUGGAAGACACAGGUGGGUUGAAUAUGCAGAAAAGAGUAGAUAUAAUGCUUCACAAGUUCCACCUGAAUGGCAUGGUUGGCUCCACUUCAUUACUGAUCAUACAGGAGAUGAGCUUCUUUUGCUGAAACCGAGAAGGUAUGGUGUUGAACACAAAGAAAAUUUAUCAGGAGAGGGUGAACAGUAUAUCUAUCACUCCAAGGGACAUGCACUUAAUCCAGGACAGAGAGACUGGACAAGGUACCAACCAUGGCAAUCCAAGCUUGAACCAUGAUUGCAGUCUAUCUGUGUUGAAAAUUUUCCUGAAUGUUGGUUUUUGACAUUCUGGAUAAAUGAUUUGCAUUCGCAUUGAGGGGGGGUGCUUUUUCCCGUUGAAUAAAAUGAAUUAUUAGCUAUUCUGUUCGACAAA